UCCUGCGACAAGUACAUAAACUAGGCUCCAAACAGGCCAAGAAAAAAAAAGCCGUCCAUCACGUACCUGUGGCUAGGUUUCUAUUCUCGGGGUCAAACGAAGAAUCAUUUGGCUCGAGACCUCACAAAUAGGAAGCACAUUAAUAACGGCAUUACAUGUUGGUGUUACCAUGGGUUGGAAGGUGCACAUCGUUAUAUGUUGUUUAGGAGUUGUCCAAGUGCUGGGGCAAAGUCCCGUCGGCACAGCCAAGGAUGGAACCGUCGAAGAAAAAGCGAGGAAAUUUGUGAAGAAAGCGGAAGAGGAAUUGACUAAAAUGACCGAAAAGGCGACCUUCAUUGACUGGAACUUUGCUUCAAACCUCACGGAUGAGAAUGAACAGAAAAGUUUGGCAUCCAAGAAAGUGAUGGAUCAACUUUCUUUGCGUUUGGGGCAAGAGGCUAAGAAAUUCAAGCGCUCUGACAUCUCGGACAGGGUUCUGAUCCGAAAAUUGAAGCAAUUGAGCAUGAUCGGAAUUUCUGCUCUUCCCGAAAAGGAAUUGAAUAGGUACAAUACUCUGGACAGUCAAAUGCAAAAAAUCUAUAGCACCGCCAAAGUUCCGUCCAAAGAUGAUCCAUCUAAACUGCUUAGCCUCGAACCCGAACUGAGCCAGAUAUUUGCUAAAUCGAAGGACCCUAAGGAGCUCGAAUAUUAUUGGAAGGAGUGGCGUGAACAAUCGGGGAAGAAAAUGAGAGAUCAUUUCAUGGAAAAUAUCGACCUGAUCAACCACGCCGCAAGAUUGAACGGCCUACGCGAUGGUUCGGAAUUGAAGACUCAAGAUUACGAGUCGUACACCUUUAUCGAUGAAAUGGAAGAGACUUGGCGAGGCCUCAAACCACUGUACGAGCAAUUACAUGCGUAUGUGCGUCACAAAAUGUUCCAAAAAUACGGCAAGGAUGUGGUAAACGAAAAAGGACCGAUCCCGGCUCAUCUCUUGGGUAACAUGUGGGCUCAGUCCUGGAACAAUUUGGGAAGCUUCUUAAAGCCGUUCCCCGACAAACCCGCCAUCGAUGUAACGGAUGCCAUGUUCGAGCAAGGAUGGACGCCGAAAAUCAUGUUCGAAAAGGCCGAAGACUUCUUCCUCUCGAUGGGAUUGCCUCCCAUGCGAGAAGAGUUCUGGAAUGGAAGUAUCAUCGAGAAACCGGACGACGGCCGGGAAAUGGUCUGUCAUGCGUCUGCUUGGGAUUUCUACAACGGAAAGGAUUUCCGCAUCAAUCAAUGCACCAUAGUCACUGAAGAAGAUUUCAUCACCGUUAACCACGAGAUGGGACACACUCAAUACCAAAUGAGUUACGCCAAUUUGAGCUACUUGCAUCGUAACGGAGCCAAUGCGGGAUUCCACGAGGGCGUGGCUGAUAUUCUUUCCUUGGCCGUUGGAACACCUUCGUAUUAUCAACGCCUGGGUUUAAUGAAAGACGACGUUGACAUCACUGACAAGGAGACGAAUAUUAACUUGUUGUUUAACACAGCUUUGCAACGAUUAGUAUUCAUGCCCUUCGGUUAUUUAAUUGACAAAUAUCGAUGGGAUAUGUACGGUGGAUGGGCUGAUAAGGCCGAUAUGAACUGUCACUGGGUUAAGUUGCGAUUGGACAUUCAAGGUGUGGCACCUCCCGUUAAACGGUCAGAAGAGGACUUUGACGCCGGAGCGAAAUAUCACGUGGCUGCCAAUAUUGGGUACAUUCGAUACUUUGUGGCCCACAUUUACGAGUUCCAAUUUUACAAAGAGCUCUGUGAAGUCUCAGGCCAAUACGAUCCCAACGAUCCUAAGAAGCCCCUUCAUCUUUGCAACUUUUAUGGCAAUAAAGAAGCUGGAGAGCGCCUGUUGUCAAUGAUCAGUUUGGGGGCGUCCAAACCAUGGAAGGAGGUGAUCAAGCACAUGACUGGUUCUCCCAAGAUGGACACGGGGGCUUUCCGUGAAUAUUUCCGUCCCUUGGAGAAAUGGUUAGAAGAAGAGAAUCGCAAGAACGGCGUCCAUGUUGGAUGGGAAGUCGAGGAUCUGGAGAAGUAUUGCCAAGCGUCUAGUAGCGGACGCAUCUCUCAUAACUUUGGAAUAUUUUUACCUCUAGCGUUGAUUACGUUGACAGCAUCUAAAUCUGUCUUUUUUGUCUGAUAUUUUGAUUGAAUGAAAGCGAUUCCUAUUCAUGCACUCAUAUAUCAUUUAUUCAAAUUUAUAGUAGAUACAUUUGUACAA